GUACGUCAAUCGCGCACGAUGAUCCUCAGAUCCCAAGGAGAGAGAGGGAGAUAAAAACGGGGUAACCCAUGCUUUGAACGCAUCUUGGUUGCAGGAAUGCCCCAGCCACGAGUUCCUGUCCCUGUCCCUGUCCAGGAAUGCAAGGGGGAAGAAGUCGGAAGACGAAGCAGAAUUGAGUUGGGCUGGGGCUGGUUCCGACCACGGUUUGCCAUCCAAUGAGUGAAUGACCCAGCCUUCUGUCUGCUUCGUCCAGCUUGCGACCUCCCCAGCUGUAUCCCUCCUUCUCUCUCUCUUCAUUUCCAUCUCCGUCUCCAUCUCAUCCCCAUUCCAUCCUACGUUUGGCAAAAAUGUCUCGCUCACCACAACCCGACGAUCAGGCCUCGACCAACUACAAGGAAGCGUUCUCCCUGUUCGACCGACGCGGCAGCGGUACCGUAUCGCUUGAGUUGCUGGGCGAUCUUCUGCGCGCUUGCGGACAGAACCCGACCCAGGAGGAGAUUGCGGGGUUGGAGAAGAACUUGGGUGGUGACUUCGACUUCGAGUCUUUCAUCAAGGUGCUCAAUCGCCCCGGUGGUUUCCGCGAGCCCGGUGACCCCGAGGAAUACUGCCGUGGAUUCCAGGUGUUUGAUAAGGAUAUGACGGGGUUUAUCGGGGUGGGACAGCUUCGUUACAUUUUGACCAACCUCGGCGAGAAAAUGUCCGAUGACGAGGUCGAUGAGCUGCUCAAGGCGGUGGAUACCAGCUCGGGGGAGAUCAACUACACUGAUCUCGUUCGCACUAUCCUGGCCAACUGAUGAUUACACGAUACCCGAUACGUUCCACGUUCUUACGAUGCUUUGCUUGUUUUGAUGGAUAUCAAUCUGGUGGGGGUGUAGUUGUAUAGUUAGCAUGCAAUCUUAUUAAGCAUAUCAUUUAUAUCUGUU